CAGAGACUGAGCAUUGUCUCUUCCACCGUUCUCAUCUCAUCUUCUUCGUUCUUCCACCUCCUCCAGCCAUUAACACACCCACACCCUCUCUUAGUCUCUUUCUCUCUCACUCUCUCUCUUUGACACAGCCUGCGUUCAUAGAUUGUGUCUUUCUAGAUUUUUUUGCCUAUAUAUCUUCUCCUGGUGACUUGCUGUGCUGUGCUCUCUCAUCGCCUCCUUCUCCUCUCUCUGUAUUGUCACCAGUCAACCGAAUUUAUCACUGCCCAAGACACUGAGGCCCUCCCUUCUCUUAUUGGAAAACUUUCUUUUCCCAGAAAAUUUUCUGAUUUUCUAUAAUACCCAGGCACCUAUCACAGCUUUGGUAGGUAUCUGGGUAGGUGGUUGUGGGAAUUACUCUUCUAGCGAUUUGGGAUACCUACUCCUAUAUUUUGCUUUCUUCGGUUUUGUUUGACUACUUGGGAGCCAAGUUUUUAGUGGAGUCUUCAGAGUUUUUUAUCCUGGCUCUGGUGUUCUUCUGUUUAUUAUUUUUUUCCUCUUAAAAGUUCUUGGCUUUUUCUUCCUUUUUUGUUUGUUAUUUUUCAGGAAAAAGGCCGUCCACUGUUUGUUUCUUGUACUUUCUGGGUUUAGGGUUUUGUACCCUUCUCUACGUGAUUUAGCUUUCUCUUCCUUUUCAAUUUAGGGAAAAUGAGGAUCUUUUCAUGCUCUGGUAACUGUGAUUCUGUUUAAUUUUCAAUCUCAGCUUAUGAACUUGAGCUCAAAAUCUUAUUGAGGUUCAUCUUCAUACCUGUUCGCAAAGAUGUCUUCGAUCUUAACUGGAGCAGGUGGUGGAAGAACCUACGGGUUCGACUUAGAUUUUGUGAAAUCUCCAUCUCCGUUGAUCCGUCCUUCUCAUACAUCGUCAUCUUCUACUUCUUCUGCUUCUUCAACAAUAUCUGAAUCCAGCAAUUCCCCUUUAACAAUCUCGACCAGAAAAUCUCGAGCUCCCCGAAAAAGACCGAAUCAAACCUACAAUGAAGCUGCUGCUUUGCUAUCCACAGCCUAUCCCAAUCUCUUUUCCAACAAGAACCUCAAAAAACCAGGCCAAUUCUGCAGACCUAAUGAUGCUGCUUUUCUGGAUGAAUCUGCAGAGGAACUGUUCUUGCCUUUCAGAGUCUUCGAUGAUUCUGCUGCCUCUUUCCUCCUUCAACAACAAAUUCAGCACAAGCCUAGUUCUCCAAUGGAUCCCAAAAUGGUGAAUCUACAAGAAAAGUCGUGCCAGAGUCCCGGGGAGAUUAUCUCGCGAGUGAAUUCGUUGGAAUUAAACGAUGAUUGCGAAGAAGAUUUCGAUGCCGAAUCCAUUCUCGAUGAGGAGAUCGACGAGGGAAUCGAUAGCAUCAUUGGAAGCAGAGCUGAAGAAGAUUCCAAUGAUGCAUCCUGUCACGGCGAAGGGGGGAAUAAUUGGAGCGUGGAUUCCUCAGGAUUCGGAUGUGGCGCAAAACUCGAUUUCCGACUGGGGCUGGUGAAGGCUCUCCGGCGUGUCGAUGACAGCAAUUGGUGGAAUUUCCCGGCGGUUGACAUAGUGGAAAUCUCGCCAAGAAUCAACAAGCACACGUCGUCAUUUGCUGCGCCGGCGGAAAAGGAGAAGAAGAAGAAGAAAACGUCGUCGUCGACGACGACGAAGAAAGUGGCGGAGAAGACGAAGAUGAAAUCACUGAGAGCAAUUUCGAUUCCGAAAUCGAAUGCCUCAAAACUGAUGUUAAAACUGAACUACGACGACGUUUUGAGUGCUUGGUCCGACCGAGGGUCGCCGUUCGCCAACGGACGUCGUGGCUCCGAUUCACCUGGAAAUAAUGCCAAUGCCCAAGAAGCCCAUAUAGAUUUGCUGACAAAUAUGGGCGGAGUGAGGGAAGCGAGCGUGAUGCGCUACAAAGAAAAGCGGCGGACACGUCUCAUCUCUAAGAAGAUUAGAUAUCAAGUCAGAAAAGUCAACGCUGAUCAACGGCCCAGAAUGAAGGGGCGAUUUGUGAGGAGGGCCAAUCACAGCUCAAAUCCAGAUGGACGGUGAUAAUUGAGGACCAUAUGUGUUUCUAUAGAAAUGAACGAUUUUGUGCAAUUUUUUGUUGUUGGUUUAUUGUAAUUUAAUUGAUUUUCUUGAUUGUUUCUUUUUUUUUUUUAAUUUCUUUCAUUUUACAAGUAGCUUAUGAAAUUACCACAAGGUGAGAAGAGUAUUUAGAGUUUAAAUUCUCCAAAAUUACAGUUCAGGACUGCAGGCUGAAACAUCCCCCCCCGGGUAAAUGAAAAAGAAGGACCCUUUUAGUA